AUGGAGUAUAGCAUGAUCAGUUCAGCGGAAGCUGAAACUAAUUUAUCCUUUGUUUCGUUCAAGCUAAAAAAGGUGGAUAACUCAAAAGAAGAAAUAUUACAGAAAGAUAAAUUCCCAGUUGUUAUAAGGCCGGUCACAAAUAAUAUAAUAAAAGGAAGCCAUCAGUUUGUGAAUUUCACUGAGCAAUCAUCAACAGUUCCAGCAUCGCUGGUGUAUUCUCGUCAACCUGAAAUUGCUAGACCAAGAAACAAAUUUAUCAUAGCAAGAAGUGUUUUAAGUAAACCAGUCAAAAACAUUUAUAAAGAUAAUACUGAUGAUGUAUCCAGAAUCAUUUCCAUGGUGAGUUGA